AUGUACAAGGUGGAUCAGGCGUAUGCUAACUUUCUAAAACGUUAUAGCUACGUUAAAGCCUUUACAAUCCUUGCUCUCACUGGAUUCGCCUGCGCUCCUGUCGUCAUGUAUAUUCUCACCUAUGAAGACCGUCAUGCGCCAAUAUUGCUGGAUCAUCAAAUACUUGGUGGUUGGCUGCCAUUUGAUCUAAGGCAGAAUCAUUAUGUUUAUCCACUAGUCUGGGCCUACGAUGUAAUUUCCACCGUAACUGGCGCUGCUUUCUUCAGCAGCUUCGAUACCAUAUUCAAUGCAGUGCAAGCUCAACUUAUAAUGCAUUACGAUUGCCUCUGCCGCAACAUUAAAGACAUUAAUGUGGCUUACAGUGUUACGUCGAAUGAUGAACAACAGUUCUAUGUGGAGCUAGGAUAUUUAAUUGAACGUCAUCAGCAUCUAAAUGCACUCGUUAAUCACUUUAACACCAUUGUCAGGGGUGCCAUAUUUUCAACUCAUCUUGUGGGCGCCACAUCUAUAUGUUUUCAUCUGUAUUUAAUAACAGAGUCGCAGGAUUUGUUAAUGAUUGGAAAAUACGUUAUUCCCACUUUGGUAUUGGUGGUUUUUACGUUUGAGAUUUGUCUGCGUGGCGCACAGCUAGAGGAGGCCAAUUGGUAUAUGGGAAGCAGAAAAUAUCGCAGGCUUAUAUUAAUGUGGCUUAAAUAUGCGCAACUGACCAAGAAUGUGAAUGCCUAUGGAAUGGUUAAAGUCAAUAUGGUUCAUUUUAGUGAGAUUAUGAAGCUGGCCUACAGACUUUUUGCAUUUCUUAAAUCCAAUUAA